GGAAGGAAUUGAGUGUAGCGCAUGCGCUUUGCCGAUGUGGAAGUUCUGUACAGGAAUAAACAAAUAAACAAAUCAGAGAGAAAAACAAUAGCGGUUAGAUUGUACUUCAUAUAAUGGCAGUGAGCGCUGUACAUUUAGAGUCAGACGCAUUUCUAGUCUGUAUGAAUCACGCUCUGAGCACGGAGAAAGAGGAAGUAAUGGGGCUCUGCAUCGGCGAGGUGGACACAAACCGCAUUGUGCACAUUCAUUCUGUCAUAAUUCUGCGUCGAUCAGACAAGAGGAAAGACCGAGUGGAGAUUUCCCCCGAGCAGCUGUCAGCCGCGUCUACUGAAGCCGAGAGGUUGGCUGAGAUGACGGGACGUCCCAUGAGGGUUGUGGGCUGGUACCACUCUCAUCCACACAUCACUGUGUGGCCAUCACAUGUUGAUGUUAGGACUCAAGCAAUGUACCAGAUGAUGGAUCAGGGUUUCGUUGGCCUCAUCUUCUCAUGUUUUAUAGAAGAUAAAAACACUAAGACUGGUAGAGUUCUGUACACCUGCUUCCAGUCAGUACAAGCCCAGAAAGGCUCAGAGUAUGAACGGAUUGAGAUCCCCAUCCAUGUAAUCCCACAUGAAGCCAUUGGGAAAGUAUGUCUAGAGUCUGCCGUGGAAUUACCCAGAAUCCUCUGUCAAGAGGAACAGGAUACAUACAGAAGGAUUCACAGUUUAACUCAUCUGGAUCCAAUCACAAAGAUACAUAAUGGAUCAGUGUUCACUAAAAACCUGUGCAGCCAGAUGUCGGCCAUAAGCGGCCCGCUGCUGCAGUGGCUGGAAGACCGUCUGGAACUGAAUAAACACAGUAUCAUCAAACUCCAGAAAGAGAAAGAGCGACUGACACAAGAACUGGCUUCAUUAUAAGGAGAAUAAAAGGAAGCAAUGAGAGUUUUAACAAA